GCUUGUCAAUUUUUAAGCGGGUACGAAAUAUCCUUAAUUUAUGGUUGAAAACCUUUUUUUGGAAAAUCCUGGAUCCGCCCCUGACUUUGACCAAUGAAAUAUGGCCCGAAAGGACCAUGCAGUAGGCCUGCAUUUUUUAUUUUUUGAUAAUGGUAUACGGGUCUUACGAUAUUGAUUGAAAAUAUUAGUCAUUUAAAAUACUAUUGAAAUUAACAUUAACCUACAAGUCAUUGUCAUGUUGUCCCCUUCGACUUUGUCCAGAUCUAUUCUCUCUCUCCCUCUCUGUUAUUCUCUUACCUUCGGUUCUUCUUUCGUCUUUCUUGUGUUUUAUUUCUUCCUUUCUUCCACUCUCCCCCUUUUCGUUCGCCCUUCUCAUUCAGGCCAUUCGGUCUCUUCUUUCUAAAUCUCCCUCUUGUUCUUCCUCAACCCCUUUCACUUCUUUAAUUCUAAUUCGUUAAUUCCUCUUUUGUUGUCCGUUCUUGUUCCCUUUCGAUCUUCUCUUUUUCUAUGUCGAUUAUUUUCUCCUCCUUUCCUUCUUCUCUCUCCCCUUUGUUCACCCUCUACAUUUUUCCCUAUUUUCCCCCUUUUCGUUUCUAUUUACACAAUUCUGUUUUCGUUCUUCUCACCCUUCGAUCUUCUCUCUUUUUGCCGGUUUUCUUUCUUCUUUCCUUCUUUGUUUUCUCCCUCCCUCACCCACCGCCUUAUUCCUCUUCUUUUUUUUAUUUCGUUCCUGUUUAAUAUAUUUCUGUUUUCCUUCUUCCUCUCACCUGCUCAUCCCCACGAUCUUAUUCCUCCCCCUCCAUUUCUUUUUCUCCUACCUCGUCGAUCUGCUCUAAUUUUUUGACCUCAUUUCUUCCCUUUUUCCUUCUCCUUUCUCUCUUGCUCAUCCCAACGUCUUAUUCCUCUUCCUUUUCCCUCUUAUUUUUUGUUGUUCUAUAUUAUUCCCUCUUCUCCCAUUCGAUCUUCUAUUUUUUUUAUCACAGCCGUUCUUUAUUCUUCCUUUCCACACCCACCGUCUUUUCCUCCAUGCCCCUUUUCUUCUUGUUCUUAUCUUUGUUUUAUCCUCUUUAUGUUUCGGUUUAUCGUUCUUUCCCAAUUUGAUCUUCUCUUUUGUGUGUGUUAGCAAGUGCCAUUUUUUGUAUGCCAAUUUUUACCCCCAAAUGCCAUCACGAACGUGUUUUGUACAUGCAGCGCCUUUCACACCCCGAGGCCGAGAAUGACCCGUUUUAUGCCGUUAGAAGGGGCCCCUUUGAUUUCUUAUACGGUGCCCUUUCUCUUAUCAGUGCCCCUUUUUACCCAAGAAAGUGCCCCUUACCAACAUGUUCUGUGCCCCUUUCACCUAGGAAGGACCAUCAGUUUAGUCACGGUGUUAACGAGUGCCCCUUUGAAACAACAAAUAAAGCAAUAUACUUCUGAAGGAAAAAAUAAUAAUCAUACGUGCAUUAAGUUUCAUCAGAAAGAGAGAUAAUGAUAUUAUUUCUGAAUAGGCCUAUAAUUUAUGUCAAAAUCUUACACAAAAUUGGAUUUUCGUUAUAAAAAUGUUCAUUUUUGCUAGCUCGAAGCUUCGAUACUGCAGCCAAUUCCAAAAUUUUCGCUCACCACACUAAGUAGAUUAGUCUUUCUUUUUUAAAGAUAUAGUGCGCUUUUAACGAGAAGGUGCCAUUUUUCCCAGUACCCCCUUCAAAUUCGCUCCACCGCGCCCCUGAAGUAAAGUGCUUCAAAGGGCUUGUGAUUAUAAUUUUUAAUCUAUAUAAAAUUAAAAGCAAUUAACGGGCCGUGGCAGAAAAAUGAAAACCUAGGCUCCCCCUUCCCUUUCAUUCCCGCCCGUGCUUCAAAGAGAUUUUAAUAAUUGUCUUUUAAUUAUAUUUAUCAAAGAGUUACUAACCGUCAAACGGGAUGCGAAAUCUGAGUUAUAAGGUUGGUCAAGAUUGGUGAUAACGUAAUAAUGGCGAAAUGAAAGCCAAGCACAAGAACUGUUCAAACAAAGGAGAUCAGCGCUUUGUAACUUUGGAAAAUUAUCAUUAUUAUCUAAACUUUCUAAAGCUCACAAUCCAUCGUAGUUUGGGCGGCCAGGACCCCGUAACACAAAGGCUAAUGAUCAAUUGUUAAUACGAAAGAACAAUUGGUUCGUACCGUAAUCACCUUUACAGUACAAACAGACCGCGCCGGCGCUCGUCGGCCGACCGCCGGGUCUACGCGUAGUCUAUUACUCGCAACGUCCGGGCUUUUGUUAUUUCAAAACGUGUGAAGUGUCGAUCAUCAACUCAGAAAUGGCGUGUUCAGUGCGAUGUCGAAAGUCGAGACUGCAUUUAAAGACGGAUUAUUGUAGCUUUUUAAUCAGUUCUCGCACUGUUAUCAUCGUAUGCACACAAUUAUUCGUCUUCGUUCAAACCGAAUUAUUCAACAAGCAUUUCCGAGUUUCGCCUUCGCUUCGGUACACUGGGACAAAAUGACCCGUCGUGAUCGGGCUAGAGAAAGAGAGGAGAGGGAUGUUCUAGCGGCGAUGGAGCAGUUGGAGGCAGCUAAUCUACGGAUGGUGUCCCCAGAGGAAGAAGCCAUGCUGCGGUCUGUCGUUGCAGAUUACAUGACUCGUCGGACCAGAAUGAGAGAUGAGAGUGAUGACGAAGAUAUGGAGGUGGACGAUGUGGUAUGUGACCACAUGUACGAUGUUAACGAGGAGCCAGAAAAGGAUGCCGAAGUCGAAGAAGAUCUUCCCUUCUUAGAUGCAGAACCAGAUCUAGUUUUACCAGAUACUGCUAUUGUGGAUGCUGAGGAAGAAAGACUCAAGUUUGAAGACUGGCAGAAGUGUACCUGUAGUCGUCGCUGCAAGCAGCUGUUCCCUGCAGAUGAUGUCAUGGCGUACAGACUAGAUAUUUUGGGCCUUUCGAGAGAGAUGAAGGACAUGGUCAUUAUGGGACAGAUCAGCGCAACCCAGGAUAUUAGCCCUUCUACCAAAUCAACUAAGCGCAAGGAACAGAAAGCCAGAGAGAUUUCACGCACCCAGUACUUUUUUCAUGGAAGUGCUAUUUGCGUCAACAUGUUUAUGUUCUUGCAUUGCAUUUCCUGUAACAAAUUGAACAGUCUGAAGACUUGGCUGCGGCAGAACGGACUUUCUCCUGUCGUGCUCAAAUCUGGAGGCCGGAGGAAUCUGAAGAACUGCCUCACUCCGGAAGAUGUCCAGAACGCUGUCAAGUUCAUUGGAAACUAUGCUGAGGAGUUUGCUGUCUUCCUCCCAGGGAGGGUUCCCGGAUUUUCAAGGGCUGACAUUCGGUUGCUACCAUCAUCAUCGACCAAGGCCUCGAUUCAUUCAUUGUAUCAAGCCUCUAUGGAGGAACAAGAUAGUCGAGCAAUGGCUUUAAGCACAUUCAAGAAUGUGUGGCGACAGUACACUCCACUUAUUGUAACAGCUAAACCAAUGACAGACCUCUGCUGGACCUGCCAGCAAAACACCCAGAGAUUGUUCAUGAAAGCGAACCAGACAGAAGAGGAAAAGCUGGAACAGCUGCAGCACCACCAGCAGCACCUGGAUGAGGUUUUAGUCGAAAGAACAAAGUACAGGGAAGAGACUGCUGCUGCAAAGGAAAGCAUUGCUGGUGAAGGUGGUGACCUUGGACGACAUCCACCAAACUCGAGGCAGGGCAAGAUGCACUACAGCUUCGACUAUGCUCAACAGGUUCACUAUCCAGCCAAUCCUCAACAACCUGGUCCAACAUACUUUUUGUCAACGAGGAAGUGUGGGAUUUUCGGUGUAAACUGUGAAGGAAUCCCAAAGCAGGUUAACUUCCUCAUUGAUGAAGGGAUGGCACUUUCAAAGGGGUCAAUUGCAGUAAUAUCCUACUUGCAUUUCUUCUUCAACAACUUCGGACUUGGCGAAAAGGAAGUUAGUCUACACUGUGAUAAUUGCUCCGGUCAGAACAAGAACAAAUUCAUGCUGUGGUAUUUGUCUUGGCGAUGUCUCCACUAUCUGCACGACGACAUCACACUCAACUUCAUGGUGGCUGGGCAUACCAAAUUUGCCCCAGACUUCUGUUUCGGCCUCCUGAAGAAGAAGUACCAGGCAUCCCAGGUGUCCACUCUUGAAGACAUCGCAAAUGUAGUUCGCCAGAGCUCCACCAAAGGGAUCAACGUUCCUGUCAUAGUGGGAGAUGAGUCUGGGAAUCGACAAGUGCCAACCUACCAAUGGCAAGAUUUCUUGUCCCCACACUUUAGGCCUGUACCCGACAUCAAGUCCUACCAUCAUUUCAGAUUCUCAUCCAGAGAGCCAGGAGUGGUCUACUGCCGUCGGUUUGCAGACACAGAGGAGAAAAGAUUUGUCCUGUUAAAGCCUGGAGCCAACCCACCACGUCUUCUUCCUCCAAGCCUACCACCACCUGGCCUAUCGCACGAGCGACAACUGUACCUGUACCAGAAGAUCCGACCCUUUUGCAGACCAGAUGCCAGAGACGUAACUUGUCCAGAGCCAGAGCAGGAAGGACUUCGAUGAGACUGGAACUUACACAACAUGCUUUCUCCCUCCAAGUCUUUCACCACCUUGCCUGUCCUACAUGCGUCAUCACUAUCUGUUCCAGAAGGUUCACCCCCUAUGCAGGUACCAAGGACUCAACUUGCCCAGUGUCUGAGCAAGAAGGACUUUGGUGAACAUAUUUAUCACAGUUUUAAUUUACUUAUUUCAACAACAGAUGCACCAAAAUUUUCUUAUAAGUUAUGAAUGGUCAUACAUAAACCCAUCAUUAUUUUUCAGUAUGAUGUCAUUAGAAUUUCCAUGUACACAUGAAUUAAAUAAUUAUUAUUAUUUCUAAUUACUAUUUAUUCUGGUGCAGUUGUCCUGCCAUUACAUGCCUUGAUAUUGCCUCCUAUGUUUGUCAUUGAUUUAUGACUAUUUUUUUUUCUAGCAUUGUGAAUUUUAUUAAAGAUCAAUACCGAUACAAUUUUCU